AUGUCUGAAGGUCGCAUGCACCUCAACAACUGGCUGCAGAGAAACUACGGUAGCACGAACGUCUUGGAUUGGGACGUUUCGUUUUCUGGAGCAGGGCGGUCUAUGACAUGGACCGUUAUAGCCAAGAUUCGCAACGUCGAAUAUGGAAGAGCCACAAACUCAAACAAGGGUCAAGCCACGGAUCAAGCGGCGGAACAGGCGCUGCGUGAGCUGCGUGCGCGUCACGGUCAUUAG